ACCUUAAAACAUAUUACCUUCACCUUCUCCCCCUUAGUUUCUUAUAUUACUUUCACUGGAAAAGAUCCUCUCAGUCAGUUAUAUGUCUGUUCUCUAAGAUAAGAAAUAUUAUUUAAAGUUUCUUUCAUGCUAUCGAUUUAAAAAAAUGAAGAGUUUGAUCAUCGUCUUCGUUUUAUCGACUUCCUGUCUUGGAGAGGUCUCACACAUUUUAUCAGAAUAUUCGACGACAACUACCAGCACAUUACCACCACCUCCACAACCAUACAGUUUUCAAUACAAAGCGGGACGAUAUCCAGGACACGUUGAUCGAAUUCAUCAAGAAUCUGGAGAUGGUUCCGGAACCGUUUAUGGAUCUUACUCGUUCAUCGAUCCUAAAUACAAAGUACGAAGAGUGGAAUAUGUGGCUGAUAAAAAUGGAUUUCAUCCAUCGUUGAUAAAUUACGACGAUACGCUUAAACAGCCUGUUGAUUCAGAAGCUGUGAAACUCGCGAAGGAAAGACAUUUUCAGCUUUAUGAAAAAUUAGCUGAUGCUAAUGCCCACGAUAUACCAAUAAAUGUACCAAAGGAUUCUGUUAGUGUAUUAAAAGCGAAGGACAAACAUUUACAGCUCUACCAGAAGAUUGCCGAAGAACACGCGGCUAUCGCAUCUCAAAGAGAAGCAGAGCGUACAGCAUAUGAAGCAACUUCGAUUAUUAAUGACGUUAAUGAACAUCAAACAUAUUAAGAAACUACUAAUAAGAAAGAGAAAUUGUUGAUAUAGUAUCAAUAAGAUGAAUUUACCUGUAUAAAAUCUUUCAGAAUUUAAAAACAAGAAUUUUUGUGCAAUGCAAAUUUGAUAAAAAACGGACAAUAGAUGAUUUUAUAAUUGUUACAUAUAUAACAUGUGUUAUUAAUCAUAAAAGGACACGUGAGUCACAUACACAUGAAUAUCUUCUAUGAGUACCGGAACUGUUGCUGUAUAUAUUAAAAAAAAGAUAAAUACUAUAAUUACACUAUGCAUUGGUAUAAAAGUCUAGGUGUGACAAAAAAUAAAAUUGUCGCCGUUUGUAUCUCCGGGAAGAUGAAGUUCUACGGUUUUUGGUUACUGCUUAUUGCCAUAUUCUAUAUUACGAUUACUGUAGGUAGGAACAUCGAUUAUACCAGCAAUGCUUUUUUAAAAUCUAAAAGCAUCGCUUGUCGUGGAGGUCGAGGAAACAAUGGAGGAGGAGGCACAAAUGCUACUAGUGGUGCAACAGAAGCUAUGACUAAUAUGGCACCUAAUUUAAUGCGCACUGCACAACAAGCAAUGGGUACCUUGACGGAUAUGGUGUCAAAUAUGAAUCCAAUGGGGUAAAUCACAUAUUUGUUCGAAAUUAUUGCACCAUGUAUCCGAUAAUCGAAUUUACAAAUAUAAUGAUAUUAUAAAUACUUUAUAAUCAUUACUUUCAUAAUCAAAAAUGCUUCUUGUAGUUGUUAAAAAUAUUAGAAUUAAAUAAUAAAAUAAUAAUUAAUGAACACAA